AUGCGUCUGAUCACAAUCGGUCUAGGCGCCUGCGCCCUCUUCGCCCUCUCAACCGUCCAAGCCCAAGAGGCGGCCGUCGUUCCUCUCAUACCUCCUACCGCUGCGGCGGCGGAGGGUGAACUCGUCAUCUCAGCAGAGGCUCUGAAGGAAAAAGUUGUCUACCCUUCACUCUCGGAACUUGAGUCGCGCGUUCAUAUCUUUAACGCCUUUGUUGCCGAGAAGAAGGACAAGGCUGCUGAGAAGGAAAAGGAGAAGAAAGUUACGGCUAUGAAGGUCAAGACUGACGGAGAAAAGAAGAAGGACAAGAAGGAGGCCAAGGAGAAUAAAACGAAGGCGGUGGAAGCAGAGGAGAAGAAAGCGGUAAAGGAUAAGGAGGUAGCGAAGGAGAAGAAGACAAAGGCGCAGAAGGUGUUCAAGGCCACGUCGGCUAAGAAGAAGGUCAAAGAUGGACAGGAAAAGACGAAGAAGGAAGCCGGGGACCACCGUCACAAGGCCGCUCAGGAGCACGGCAAGCAGCAACAUGAACAACAUCAUGCCGAUAAGCUGGAUCACUCCCACCACCACCACAAGCUCAACGCCGCCGCUGCUGCCAAGAAGAAACACUCCCACGCCAAGCAGCACCACCACCACAUGAAGGCCCAAAACAACAACAAGCACAAGCCCACCAAAACAAAGCACCAUCAUCACCACCACCACGACGACUGCAUUGUGUACGAGACCAUCACGGUUGUUCCUGUGUGCAAGCCCAUCUCCGACGUCGGUGCUGACUCCGGUAGCUUCCUGAAUCCUUAUGGGAAAUACCCCAUUCUGGACGGAUUGAUUCCUCCCAUCGAGUCAGAUUACCCUGGCGUUGGAAUUGCCACGAACUCAAACGAGUCUGCUCCUGGGUCUGUUGUCAAUGAGGAUGAUAACAGAGACAACGACAGCUUAGCGCUCAAGCCUGAGUUGCCUAACAUAGACUACGGUUCAGCUCUUGACGCUCCAGUUGCGAAAGCAGCACCUAUCGCAGAGCCUGCCCUCUCAUCUACUCUUACUACUCAGCCGCCCAGCAGUCAGUCAAAUGACGAGAACGCUCCAUCCACCUCCAAAGUCAAACCUGAACCCAGCACUGAUGAGAACGAAGACGAAGACGAGGACGAGAACGAGGAAGAGGGUGACGAGGACAACACCACCAGCGACGAGCCCAACACCGCCACCGUCGGCAGCCCUGAUGACGACAUUGAGGUCCCUGUUAUCUACACACCUAUCGAAAGCCCUGCUGUUCGUAACAACAACCAACAACCUAUCAGCCCUAGCGCCCCCGAGACCGACGUUGCCUCUCCUGAGGAUGAUACCGACGACAAUGAUGUUGACCAAGGUCCCGAGAGCUCUGCUGUCCCUGCCGAUACCGACGGCAAUGACGAUUACGAAGACGAGGACGACAGUUCGGAGCAGAAUGCCGUCCCUGAGUUAGCACCCCAGCAACAACCAGUCCUGCCAGCAAUUGCUCCAAUUGCUGCUGCACCCGUCGCUUCCCGUCCCGUGGCGAGCACACAGUCCCCAAUCGCACCUCCAUCAUCUGCAUCCGCUGCUGAGGCACCUCCAUCAUCUGCACCCACUGCUGAGGCACCUCCAUCAUCCAACGCCGAACCCGAGACGGACGAAGUUGACGACGACGACGAUGAGGAUGUCGCUAGCCCUUCUGCCGUUGCUGUUAAGCCAGACGACGAGGAGGGUGACAUUGAGGACGAAGUGGGUGCUGUUGGAGGGUUGCCUGAGCAGCAGAACUUUCGGUUCUUGAGACGCGGAUAG